UGCCACGUCGGGGACGUAACACAGACAAAGCAGCGAAGCUAACCAACCAACCAUGAUCGGAAAGGGACAACUUCUGGCGGGAUCUCUGCUCCUGGUUGUGCUUACAACCCUGCCAUCGGCACUGAAUGGUUUUGUGCGACCCACGCCGCUGGGCGCCAGAUCCAUUAAACCACGCUUCGAUGUGGACCCCGGGCGGAUUAUCAACGGCACGGAGGCCACUCUGGGCGCCACCAGGCAUCAGGUGGGCAUCAGGAAGGCCCUCAAUGAUGGAUACUUCUUCGGAACAGGACACCUGUGCGGGGGAUCGCUCAUCCGGCCGGGCUGGGUGCUAACCGCCGCCCAUUGUUUUGUGGACCAAGUUAUAUAUGACGGCACCUUCGUGCCCAAGGAAGAGUUCAUCGUGGUAAUGGGUAACUUGGAUCGCUACGAUAAGACCAACACCCUAACCUUUGAGAUCAAGGAACGAAUCAUGCAACUGGACAAAUUCGUCCUGUCCACCUACGACAAGGACAUUGCCCUGUUAGAGCUGAAUGAUACUGUGCCGACGGGUCAUCCCACCAUCCGACCUAUUGCCCUCAAUCGUUUCCCAGUAGCCGAGGGCGUUGUCUGCCAGGUGACCGGUUGGGGAACGAAAGAAGAUGGCUACAUCUCGGAUCUGCUGAUGACCGUUGACUUGCCCAUUAUCAGUGAGCAGCACUGCAUCGAGGACAGCGAUCUGGGCCAUUUAAUCCUGCCCGGCAUGAUGUGCGCUGGGUAUUUGGAGCAGGGCGAGAAGGAUGCCUGCUCGGGCGACUCCGGCGGCCCGAUGGUCUGCCAGAGCGAGCUAGCCGGCGUCAUCUCCUGGGGCAUCAAGUGUGCCCUGCCCCGUUUGCCGGGCGUCUACACCGAGGUGGCUUACUACUACGAUUGGAUACUGGAGCAGAUGGGCGAGGAUCCCAAUGGUGAGGGUAGCGGCGGCGAUGGAAGUGGUGAAGGAAGCGGUGAAGGAAGUGGAGAAGGAAGUGGUGAAGGAAGUGGUGAAGGAAGCGGUGAAGGAAGUGGUGAUAUCGAUGGCAGUGGUGAUGGUGGUGGUGGUGGUGGCGCCAUGACCGCCAUUACCAGUACUCUGAGCUUGCUCCUGCCCGGCUUUCUUGCCCUGAGCCUGAUGUUUAGUCAUUAAUCCCAGAAUUACUUUGAUAAAAAAAUCUGUAUAAUCUAAGGACAAGGCUAAAUUUUUUUUUGUAUUAAUUUGUAAUAA